AUGGAUAAAGAAUUGCUUAUUGCUGCGGUGUUUGAAAGAACAGCUAUUUGGAACAAGAGGGAUAAGCUACAUAGCAAUCGCAAUGUGGUUGACAGAUACUGGAAGGAAAUAAGCAUUGAAAUAAAACAGGAUGAGGCCAAGAUCAGAAAGCAAUGGAAGUAUUUGCGGGACCAGUUCUCCGUUGAAUUAGGAAAACUCCCCCCGCCAAGGUCUGGAGACGCUGCCGAAGAUCUUCCUACAUCCAAAUGGCCGUAUUUCACACAACUUCUUUUCCUGAAGGACGUGAUCAAACCGAGGGCAGCCAGCGGCAAUUUAUCGAUGAUGCAGUCAGCUCAGUCCACACAGGAGACAGAAGAAAUUCAAUCUUCGAACGAGAAUAGCGAUAAUGAAGAGUCUUCUCGAGAAAGUGAAGGUUGCGUGGUACCGCCUACUCCUAUUUCAAGGAAAACGAAUCCUACCUCAGCAUCCAUUACGGCACAGAGAAAAAGGAGAACUGCUACCGAUGCAUAUCAAGAAUCAAUGCUGGAAAUAGAAAAACGCAAAGUGGAAUAUCUCGAAAAUAAGGCCAAAAGAGGUUGCAGUGAUCAAGAUGACGAGCAUAUGUCAUUUUUCAAAAGUUUGCUUCCACAUGUAAGGCAAAUACCUGCAAACAGAAUAUUAUGUUUCCGUUCCCGCGUGCAAGAAUUAGUGGAUCAAUUUUCCUACCAACAUAACACCUUUUCUCAUCUGUCAUCUUCUGCAUCAUCCCAUUGUAGUGCGCCUUCUCCUUAUAACAUAGAUCAGAAUAGCUGCGCACCUUCUCCCAACUAUCAUAACAUACAAGAAACUACGCAUUCGUCCAUUCCCUUAAACCAACCAUCAGUCAUGUUUAAAAGUCUUCCCGCUACUGUUUCUAGGCUCCUUGAUAAUAACCAACAGCAAAAUACAACUUAUGUAUCUUUAUCAUUACCAGAAAAUGGUAUCCAUCCAUGA